GGGAAGGAGUGCAACAACGUGCACCAUCCUGGAGGCACGGAGUCGUACGGGAUGCAGUGCUACGAGAACCUGGUCCACUAUCUGAGCUGUGGGAUCCUCCUGGCAGGACUUGUCCAUCUGGUCCACCAUAAGAAGGUGCAGGCCUCAUACGGGCGCCACAUGGCGCCUUCUUCUGCCAGGACCGUACCCGCCAGACUCGCCUGGUUCCUGCAGGAGAUGCCAGCUCUGCUCAUCCCGGUUCUUUUUCUGCAGUUUUCACAUCAAUCCUCUCAUACGGGGAAGCACCUAAUCCUCAAGACAUUUUGCUUGCACUAUUUUCAAAGGACAUUUGUCUACUCUUUGCUAACCAGAGGACAGCCUUUCCCAGUGGGUGUGAUGGUGGCAGCAGGUUUCUUUUGCUUCCUGAAUGGUUUCUUGCAGAGCCACUAUCUGCUGCACUGUGCCCAGUUUGACGACAAAUGGUCAACUGGCUACCGCUAUAAAAUUGGUUUGCUGCUGUUUUACAUCGGAAUGGCUAUCAAUAUACACAGCGACUGUAUUUUACGCAGUCUCAGGAAGCCAAAAGAAAUAGUCUACAAGAUUCCUACAGGGGGUCUGUUUGAAUACGUGUCUGGUGCCAACUACUUAGGAGAGAUCGUGGAGUGGUUUGGCUACGCUGUGGCGACCUGGUCCCUCCCGACGCUGUCCUUCGCCGUCUUCAGCCUCCUCUUUAUUGGACCUAGGGCCUAUUACCAUCACAGGUUUUAUAAGAAGAAAUUUAAAGAAUACCCCAAGUGUCGAAAGGCUUUGAUUCCAGUCAUCUUCUGA